AUGUCUGGGGUCAACAGCUCCAGCCUGAUCCCAGGAUUCUUUAUCUUGAAUGGUGUUCCUGGACUGGAAGCUGCACACAUCUGGAUCUCCCUGCCAUUCUGCUUCAUGUACAUCAUUGCUGUGGUGGGGAACUGUGGGCUCAUCUACCUCAUCAGCCAUGAGGAGGCACUGCACCGGCCAAUGUACUACUUCCUGGCCCUGCUCUCCUUCACAGAUGUCACCCUGUGUACCACCACUGUACCCAAUAUGCUGUGCAUAUUCUGGUUCAACCUCAAGGAGAUUGACUUUAAUGCCUGCCUGGCUCAGAUGUUUUUUGUCCACAUGCUGACUGGGAUGGAAUCUGGAGUACUCAUGCUCAUGGCCUUGGACCGCUAUGUGGCCAUCUGCUACCCCUUACGCUAUGCCACCAUCCUCACCAGCUCUGUUAUCACCAAGACUGGUCUUGCCACUUUCCUGAGGAGUGUGAUGCUCAUCAUCCCAUUCACUUUCCUCACCAAGCGCCUACCCUAUUGCAGAGGGAACUUCGUUCCCCACACUUACUGUGACCACAUGUCUGUGGCCAAAGUGUCCUGUGGCAAAGUCAAGGUCAACGCUAUCUAUGGUCUCUUGGCAGCACUCCUGAUUGGGGGCUUUGAUAUCUUCUGUAUUUCUGUGUCUUACACAAUGAUCUUACGGGCAGUUAUGAGCCUGUCAUCCGCAGAUGCUCGUCACAAAGCCUUCAGCACCUGUACAUCCCACAUAUGUGCUAUUGUCAUCACAUAUGUUCCAGCCUUAUUCACCAUUUUUACUCACCGUUUUGGAGGACAAAGCAUUCCCCACCAUGUCCAUAUCAUUAUCGCUAAUCUCUAUUUGAUGUUGCCUCCUACCUUGAACCCCAUUAUUUAUGGAGUCAAGACCAAGCAGAUCCAGGAAGGAGUGAUCAAGUUACUUUAUAAGGAGAAACAUAUUUUAGCUAUGAAAUAG